AUGUUCAACCUGCGGAAAGACAAAUGUUUCAUCGACAUCCCCGCUCCCGAACCCUUCAGCGGAAAGGCAGAGGACCUCAGACGCUUCAUCCAAUGCAUCCUCUCCUACUUCGUCGCCACCAACAACACCCGACUCAGCGAUGAAGCAAAGAUUGCCUUCACUGUAGCGCUGAUGAGGAAGGAUCUGGGGAAAACAUGGGUGGACGCGUAUUACGAAAAGUCGGCAGGAGGAGUCCAGGUCUAUUCCACAUGGGCAGACUUCGUUGCCGCUCUGGAAGAGGCGAAGACGGCGCUCUCCCUCGGUAACUACGUCACCUGCUUCAAACAGCUAGCAUCAAAGGCUCAGCUCAAGGACGCCGAGGUCAAUGGCACCAACUGUGUCGAGAACAACUACCACACUCUCCAUGCCAACUUCGUCAAAGGACUCCCAAAGGAGCUGUAUUUUGCGCUCACAACAAGGGUCGCUAGGGAUCGACCCAACACCAUGAAGGCCUGGUACAACGAAGUCCGAAAUGCCGACGCAGCCAAGCAGGGGGCUCUCAUCGUCACAGACACCAGGGACUAUGGCAAACCAAUGGAUAUUGAUGCCGCUGCUGUUGCAUCAACUUUCGCCUCCACAUCAGGAGGAAGGAAAUGGGAACUAGGGGCUGUUCUCAACGAGGCAGAUCGGAAGCUCCACAGGGACGGGAACCUGUGCUUCUACUGCCACAUCAAGGGCCACAGCGCCAAGGACUGCCACAAGAAAGCGGCUGCACGACAAGGGGGUGGGAGACCGAACCAGGGAGGAUCUGGGAAGGAUGACUUCCACGCCAGAAUCAAGGCACUCUCCGCCGACGAGAAGCGGGAGCUGUACAAAGAACUCACAAUGGAGGAUUUUUGA